AUCAGAGGUCACAUCUCCAGCCUCAGGAUGAUGAACACACUCACUCUUCUGCUGGUUGCUCUCUCUCUGUCCUGUUGUACAGGUCAGAAUACAGAGUCCAUUCCUUCCAGUUCAGUAGUGAAAAAGCCUGGUGAGACUCUCAGUCUCUCCUGCAGGGGAUCUGGCUUCACAUUUAGCUGCUGCAGUAUGAACUGGAUCAGACAACCUGCAGGAAAAGCACUGGGAUGGAUGGGGCUCAUUUAUGGCGAUGCAAGUGGAACUGAAUAUUCCAGCAGUGUGCAAGGACGAAUAGAAAUCACCAGAAAUAACAGCAAUAACAUGGUGUAUCUGAGACUGUCCAACUUAAAGCCAGAGGACUCUGCUGUGUAUUACUGUGCCAAAUACACACUGGUUAAAGUAAGCAGAGAGGCUUUACAAAAACUCUACAGACGAUGUUUUUACAAAGACCCACAGGUGGCAGUAGAAGAUAUGAUUUGGAAUAAAACUACAAUGAUCAGACCUGAUUAUUUGGUUGUUUUUCUCAUCCUGUCAAUUAAAUGGACAGGUGCUGAGGGUCAAACACUGACUGUGUCUGAAUCAGUGGUUAAAAGGUCUGGAGAAUCUCACAGACUGAUCUGCACAUAUUCAGGGUUCAGUAGCCAUUACUGGGAUGUUUGGAUCAAACAGGCUGCUUUGCAGCAGAAGAAGAGAAGCUCCCAUCAGAUCACCUCCAAUACCAACCAUGUUCUCUGUAGCUCUGCUGCUGCUGCUGCUGGAUCCUGUGUGAAGUGUGAACAGUUGACACAGCCAGCCUCAGUGACUGUGCAGCCAGGUCAACGUCUGACCAUCACCUGUCAGAUGAUGGACUAUAGGACAGGACUGCUGCUUUUAACUAUCUGCUGGGCAGGUGUUGAUGGUCAGACUCUGACAGAAUCUGAACCAGCAGUUAAAAAGCUUGGAGAAUCCCACAAACUGACCUGUACAACAUCUGGAUUGUCAUUCAGUAGCUACUGGAUGGCCUGGAUCAGACAGGCUCCUGGAAAAGGACUGGAGUGGAUUGCAGCUAUCAAUGGUGGUGGUAGUAGCAAAUACUACUCUCAGUCAGUUCAAGGCCGGUUCACCAUCUCCAGAGACAACAGCAGAGAGCAGCUGUAUCUGCAGAUGAACAGUCUGAAGACUGAAGAUUCUGCUGUUUAUUAUUGUGCUGGA